AUGGGAGGCUGCGGCUCGCGGGCAUGGCUGGUGCUGCUGGGCAGCGCGUGGCUGUGGGUGGGCAGUGCCCAGCCCAGCCCCACGGGCCCCACACAUGGCCCUGGACCCCAGCUGAGGUUCCGCCUGGCCGGUUACCCCCGCAAACACAACGAGGGCCGCGUCGAGGUCUUCUACAACGACGAGUGGGGAACCAUCUGCGACGACGACUUCACGCUGGGCAACGCUCACGUGCUGUGCCGGCACCUCGGCUUCGUGGCUGCCACUGGCUGGGCCCACAGCGCCAAGUAUGGCAAAGGAGUCGGGCGGAUCUGGCUGGACAAUGUGAACUGUGCUGGAAGUGAGAAGAGCAUCGGGGACUGCAAACACCGGGGCUGGGGGAACAGCGACUGCAGCCAUGAGGAAGACGCAGGUGUUGUUUGCAAGGAUGAGCGCAUUCCAGGCUUCAAGGACUCCAACGUCAUCGAGACCGAGCAGAGCCAUGUGGAGGAGGUCCGGCUGAGGCCAGUGGUGUCCGGGGGACGGCGGCAGCUGCCGGUGACAGAGGGCAUCGUGGAGGUGCGCUACAAGGACAGCUGGGCACAGAUCUGUGACCAGGGCUGGGACGGCCACAACAGCCGCGUCGUCUGUGGCAUGAUGGGCUUCCCAGCAGAGAAGAAAGUCAACAGGAACUUCUACAAGCGGCUGAAGCGAGCAGCCAGGAUGAAGGGCCACAGCCCGAGGCUGGGCCAGGGUGCCAGCAGGCUGGCCUCCAAAUCUCAGCCUAAACAAAAGCGCAGGGAGGACGUAGGGCUCAAGAAGAGGCUCUUCACGGAGCGACAGCAGCUCAACUACCGCCUGCACUCGGUGUCCUGCACGGGGACAGAGGUGCACCUGUCCAUGUGCUCCUUUGAGUUCUACCGAGGCAACUCCUCAGCAGCUUGCGGGGCUGGCAUGCCCGCUGUGGUCAGCUGCGUGCCCGGGCCCCUCUUCGCCGCUGGCAAUGCCCACAAGAAGAAACAGCGCCAGCAGCAGCAGCAGGGCCAGCCCCGGAUCCGGCUGAAGGGCGGUGCGAGGAUUGGUGAGGGCCGCGUUGAGGUGCUCAGGAGCAGCGAGUGGGGCACGAUCUGUGAUGACCGCUGGAACCUGCAGUCGGCCAGCGUCGUGUGCCGCGAGCUGGGCUUCGGCAGCGCCAAGGAGGCCCUCACCGGGGCACGCAUGGGGCAAGGGACGGGCCCCAUUCACCUGAACGAGGUGCAGUGCCGGGGCACCGAGAAGUCCCUCUGGAACUGUCCCUUCAGGAACAUCACACAGGAGGACUGCAAGCACUCGGAGGAUGCGGCUGUUCGCUGCAACAUCCCCUACAUGGGCUACGAGAACCUGAUUCGGCUGAGUGGGGGCCGGAGCCGCUUCGAGGGGCGGGUCGAGGUGGCGGUGGGGGCUGGCGACGGGGACCAGCCCCGCUGGGGUCUGGUCUGCGGCGAAGGCUGGGGUACGCUCGAGGCCAUGGUGGCCUGUCGCCAGCUGGGUCUGGGAUUCGCUAACCACGGCUUACAAGAGACGUGGUACUGGGACGCCAGCAACGUGACAGAGAUGGUCAUGAGCGGGGUGAAGUGUGCUGGCCACGAGAUGUCCCUGAGCCACUGCCAGCACCACGGCGCCAGCCUGAGCUGCAGGAACACGGGCACGCGCUUCGCAGCGGGCGUCAUCUGCUCCGAGACUGCCUCUGACCUGCUGCUGCAUGCACCGCUGGUGCAGGAGACGGCGUACAUCGAGGACCGGCCGCUGCACAUGCUGUACUGCGCCGCCGAGGAGAACUGCCUGGCCAGCUCGGCCCGCCUGGCCAACUGGCCCUACGGACACCGCCGCCUGCUCCGCUUCUCCUCCCAGAUCCACAACCGCGGCCGUGCCGACUUUCGCCCCAAGGCUGGCCGCCACUCCUGGGUCUGGCACGAGUGCCACCGGCACUACCACAGCAUGGACAUCUUUACCCACUACGACAUCCUGACCCCCAACGGCACCAAGGUGGCCGAGGGACACAAGGCCAGCUUCUGCCUGGAGGACACUGAGUGCGAGGAAGAUGUGGCCAAGAGGUACGAGUGUGCCAACUUUGGGGAGCAGGGCAUCACCGUGGGCUGCUGGGACCUGUACCGACAUGACAUCGACUGCCAGUGGAUCGACAUCACUGAUGUCAAGCCAGGCAACUACAUCCUGCAGGUUGUGAUCAACCCCAACUUCGAGGUGGCAGAAAGUGACUUCACCAACAAUGCCAUGAAAUGCAACUGCAAGUACGACGGGCACCGCAUCUGGGUGCACAGCUGCCACAUUGGAGAUGCGCUCAGCGAGGAGGCCAACAAGCGGUUUGAGCAGUACCCAGGUCAGCUCAACAACCAGAUUUCAUAG